GGAAGAGGAGCGGUGCUACAAUCAGCCAGAACUUGCAUACAACAUCGCGGACACCUGUAAGACGGACGGGCAUACCGGGUAAUAUCUCCACAGCAGAGCCAUGGUGAUCCUGGCCAUGCCUCCCUCGACUUCGACCACCGGACAUUUAGCUCUCGCGCUCUGCAGCGACAGGUGCAAACAAGCUUCUCAAGCCUCUUGGGGGCUGCACAUGAGGGUGCCCCCGCAACGGAGCUCCAUGUUGCUCCAUCUGGCAUCGUCUGAUUGGCCAAUAAGGAGCUGCGAAGAAAACGAAACGAAUCCUAUGUUUCAAGCCACCCCAACGGAUGACGCGGCGAGCUAGCAAGCUCCACGGUUCGCUGCCAAAGUCAAAGCAAACAGACUCCGGCAGCUGUAGAGUUCGUGAAUCCCAAAGGGCCAGACAGCAACAACCAGACGAUCCAGUUAAACGGCAAGACAGACACCGUCUGUUCCGCCCUUUCGCAUCCAUUACCUUGCUCCCCCAUCUAUCGCACGACUCAAACCCAGAACAAGGGGCGCCAGAAUAAGCAGCCACGCAAAGAGCCCGCCCGGCCACAACGGAGCUUUUACGCGAAUUGGCUGCCCCUUUCCCGCCCGCAUAAGGAUCGCUUACCUCCCCGAUAUUGCCUCCGCCUGCCAUCCAACCCCAUCAGCGGACGCUGCAGGACGGGGUUUGCUCCUCCCAAAGACGCCCCAGUUGCCACGAGAGGAAGGUCCCCAGACCUAGCAUCGGUUCACCCCCCUCAUUGCAGAUCGAUCGCCCAGCUCGCGGCCACCAUGCCCACGACCGGUGGUGGCCUUCAUGAACACGGGGGAGGAGGCCCCAAGGAUGCGCGCCCGGCCGCAGCGGCAGGAUCCGCUGACGAAGGCACGCCUCUCCUCCCGGGGCAGGUGCAUGAUUCGGCCCAGCCAGGCCUCUGGGAUACUUUAAAAGGAUGGACUCGCCGUCGUGUCUUCCCCAUUGUGCUCUUCUCACUUCUCCUCGUCACCGGCCUGAUCAUCGCCCUCGUUGUCCCGGCAGUUACAGCCCAUAACCCCGACAACCCAGGCAAGAUGAACUCGACCGCCCUGUGCCUAACGCCGGCGUGCAUCCACGCCGCCUCCGAGUUCCUUUACAACCUAUCGCCCAGGUACCAAGAAAUCGAUGCGUGCACCAACUUCGAGGAGAUGGUGUGCGGUGGGUGGAGGCAGCGUCACAACAUGCGCUCCGACCAGGGGAACAUCAACUCCCUGGGUUUGAUGAAUGACGCGAACCAGGAUAUUCUCCGCUCCGUCAUGGAGAGCCCCUACCCGGAGGUUUCCCAGCACUCCGCAUUCUCCCCUCGCAACCUUGACGUCGACCCCGCCACCCUCGACAAGGAGAACUUUGCCGAGAUCCAGAGGGCCUACAACGCAUGCAUGGCCAUUGACGACAUCAAGAAGGUCGGCAUUCAGCCGCUGCAAACCGUUCUGACCGAUCUCGGCUCGACUUUCAAGGACACGUCGGAUAUUUCCGAGACCAUCCUCUUUAUGGAGCGUCUCGGAAUCCCUCAUCUCCAGGGCCUCGGCGUCGGCUCGGAUGACAAGGACCCUAAUGUCAUCGUCAUUAGCACUGGACCGCGCUCCGCUCCUGGUCUUUCCUCCAAAGCGUACUACAACGACGACUCGGUCAUGUCACAGUAUCAGGAUGCCAUCAGCAAGGUCCUCGGCGCCGUCCUGUCAAAUGCCUCUGCAAACGCCGCCGGUCUCGCUGAGAAGAUCGUCAAGUUCGAGAAGGACAUUGCGGCUUUUACCCCCAGCCUGUCCCAGCUUCGUGACCCGGGCCAAUCGUACAACGUAAUGACGCUCCAAGACACAACCAAACUCGCCCCGCAGCUCGGUCUGGAGAAAGUGCUCAAGAGCCUUGCUCCGACCAACUACACCAUUGACCGGAUGAUCACCUCGUUCCCGCCAUUUCUGUCCAACGUCUCGGCUCUCCUGAGCAACACUCCGAGCGACACUGUCAAGGGCUUCUUCCAGUGGAAGGCAAUCCAGGGUCUGGCUCAAACCGUAGACGCCACUGAGCUGAAACCGUACAAUCAGUUUAUGAACAGGCUGGGCGGAAAGGACGCCGAUGCUCAAACUGAACGCUGGCGGACGUGUCUCUCUUCGGUCGACAGCAGCCUUGGAUGGAUUCUCAGCCGAUUCUACAUCGAGAGGGCGUUUUCCAGCAAGGCGAAGGACUUGGGCAACCAAAUCAUCCUCGACAUCAAGGACCAGUUCACUCAGAGGAUCGAGAAGGCUGAGUGGAUGGACGCUGAUGCCCAGACGGUCGCCAAGGCUAAGGUCAAGAACAUCAUCCAGAAGAUCGGGUACCCUGAUCAGUCGCCCAAUGUCACGGACCCUCAGGCUCUCCAGAACUACUAUGCCGGCCUCAAUAUUUCCGAGAGCUUCUUCAAGAACAACAUCGGGGUCAUGCAGUUCACUGUGAACCGUUCGUGGAGUCAGCUUGGCAAGCCAGCCAACAAGGCCGAGUGGGGCAUGACGGCCCCCACGGUUAACGCGUACUACAACCCUCCAUGGAACGAGAUUGUGUUCCCUGCUGGAAUUAUGCAGUUCCCUCUGUUCGGCGAGGGCCUGCCGAAAUACGUCAACUACGCUGCCUUCGGUGCCGUGGCUGGACACGAGCUCAGCCACGCCUUUGACAACAGCGGCAGGCUCUACGACCUGAACGGUUACCUCAAGGAUUGGUGGUCCAACGCCACUAUCCAGGAGUUCCAGAAGCGGGCCGACUGCUUCAUCAAGGAAUACAGCAACUUCACCGUCCAGGGCACUAACGGGCCACUCAAUGUCAACGGCGAGCAGACCCUCGGCGAGAACAUUGCCGAUGCGGGCGGCCUUAGCGCUGGCUUCUCGGCCUGGCAAUCUCGCAACAAGGCGACGCCAGACCUUCAUCUUCCAGGCCUCGACUUCUUCACCAAGGAGCAACUCUUUUAUGUAGCCUUUGGCAACGUUUGGUGCUCCAAGUACACGCCCCAGGCUCUGACGCAGCGGGUCGUGUCGGACGAGCAUUCGCCGAACAUGUUCCGUAUUAUUGGAACGGCCAUGAUGAACAGCAGGGGCUUUAGGCAGGCGUACAACUGCCCCGCGAAGGAGCCGGUGUGCGAAAUCUGGUAAAGGGCCUCGCGAUAAUUAUUUACCACUCGAAGUUGCUCGGUAUCACUUCACGGAACACCGGCCAAUGGAGGGUUGUUGUCCUUCGCUUGCUUACCGAGUUGGGGUAGAGCCCCUUUGUUGUCUUCUUGCUAAACUCCAAAAUCCUCAAGGGUGACGACUGUCUUGUGGGAUACCUAGCCUUCUUGUAUAGUGACUAUUGGGAAUUAAUCAUUAUGUGCCGCCGCCAAAGGUUGACGGAUGGCUCACAAUAUUUCACGGGCUCUAAAUUUCCCUUGUCAGUUUUUGGAUGAGAGGAGAAAUGCCAGAAUCUCGCCACGCGCCUGCGGAACUGCGAGACUUGGGCUUAUAAUCACC